UUGUGGAUGAAAUAGGGUGAGUGAGAUCCUCUCUCUCCCCUAUCAAAACCAAAAUCUCUCUCCCUCUCUCGAAAAACCAAACCGCUGAAGGCCUAAAACCAACUGAUUCUCCAACGGUCACUCUAACCAUUUGCACCAUGGAGCUUUUCCUUCUUCCUUAUCACCAUCACAACCCAACUCUGCUCCACAGGCCUCUCUUCCCACAACCCAUCACAAGCAACAGCAAGAGAUUCCCCAAGAGGAAGUCACAUGUGUUGCCAUGUCAAUGCUCACUGCCUUCCUCAGAUGAUUCUGCACAACCAACCAACCAAAUUACACCAUUUGAGGGCAGGAGGGCUUUGAUUGGCACUCUCUUAGCCUCAGCUGCUGGCAUUUAUGUGUGUGAUGGGGCUGAAGCUGUUAGCACAAGUAGGAGAGCUCUAAGAGGAGCGAAAAUACCCGAGAGUGAAUUUACAACCCUUCCCAAUGGCCUGAAGUAUUAUGACUUGAAGGUCGGGGGUGGAGUUGAGGCGGUGACAGGAUCCCGGGUUGCAGUUCAUUAUGUUGCGAAGUGGAAGGGUAUCACUUUUAUGACAAGUAGACAAGGACUUGGUGUUGGUGGAGGAACGCCAUACGGAUUUGACGUAGGCCAAUCUGAGAGGGGAUCAGUCCUUAAAGGAUUAGAUCUUGGUGUAAAAGGCAUGCGGGUAGGAGGCCAGCGAUUGCUAAUAGUUCCUCCCGAGCUAGCAUAUGGAAGCAAAGGAGUACAGGAAAUUCCUCCAAAUGCAACCAUAGAGGGGCCCUUCCCUAUAUUCGUCUUCACUGUUCUGUAUAUUCUUUUUAUCUGCAGUUGGACGUUGAACUACUCGCCAUUAAACAAACCCCAUUUGGGUCUCCUGUAAAAAUUGUUGAAGGUUAAUGAAACUAAGCUCUUCCUACUGAUUGUCAUGCCUCUUGUGUAAUUUAAAUGAGGAAACAUUAUCUUGCUAUUCUCUUCAUUGUAAACCGUAAAGGUGUCCUUUUGUUCGACACUAAAACAAGGGUACCUGCAUAAAUGAUACAAAUAUCAUUAGCGUUGUAAGUUUCAUUCAGAACCUCGAAAUACUUUUUUGGAAA